AUGGAUAAGUUCGUGGAGCCAGACAACCGCUUUGACCACAUACACGUGGAUAUCAUCAAGCUGCCUCUGGUAAGAGAACACCAGUACUGCCUGACAGUAAUAGAUCGAUUCUCCAGGUGGCCUUUGGCAGUACCGCUGAAGGAUAUGAGAGCGGAUACAGUGGCUAAAGCAUUGGUGGAGCACUGGGUCUGUCUUUACGGCACCCCUCUCAGAAUCACCUCGGACCAGGGAACUCAGUUCGAGUCAUCUGUAUUUACAUCGCUGGCGCAGUUACUGGGAGCCAAACACAUCCACACGGCGCCCUACCAUCCACAGUCGAACGGUUUGGUGGAGAGAUUCCAUCGGACUUUGAAAGCAGCUUUAAUGUGUGGUGCCCCCACUCCGUGGAUUGAUCUUCUGCCGGUGGUUCUGCUCGGCUUGCGCGCUGCCUACAAGGAUGACAUCCAGGCAUCCCCUGCCGAGAUGUUGUACGGGACAUCGCUGAGAAUUCCGGGGGAAUUCUUCGUUACAACGAGCAACCCAGCUGACUCCACCACCUUUGCAGGGAAGCUGCGUUCCUUGUUUCAGGUCAUCAAACCUGUACCAGCCUCCAGACAUUCACAAAGGAACCCGUUCGCGUUCAGGGACCUAUGCUCCUGCUCGCACGUGUUCAGGAGGGUUGACACAGUCAAGAAGCCACUGGAGCCACCCUACACGGGACCCCACAAGGUCAUGGGCAGACCGAAUGAUAAGACCUACAUCAUCCUCAUCGAUGGAACUGAGAGGGCAGUCUCUGCGGACGCACUGAAGCCGGCGUACCUUGAGAUGAACGACUCUGCAGCGGAGCCGCCAAUCGCCAACCCACUACAACCGCCUGCCUCCGGCUUGUCCCAGCCGCCUGUGCCUAAGCCAGCUGACCCGCCGAUGCCAGUGCAUAAGAGAGUUUCGUUCUCCUCACCCCCUGGUGAGGUCACUGGGGGGGAAGUAGCUGUGGCACCUCAGCCUGUGCGACACACACACGUGCAAGGGCGCACGCAGAUGCAACCGCCGCCAAGCGUCAGCAGACGAAAACAGCAGCUACAGCCGCGCCAGGUGUUCGCGAUCGUUCCGUAG